UUUUGUUAGGUACCCAAAAGAGGCUUUACUCUUUCAUUUUUUUCCUAGGAUUUGAAAUCUAUCAUUAGUAUAAAUAAUGUGUCCUUCAAAUCAAUGUCAAUUACAAAUUAUUUAGUGAUCACGAGAAUCUCCCCUUUCUUCCACUCCGUCCCGAAAAGUAACAAGGACCAAUGUAGUCCCGUUUUCAUGUUCCAAUUGAACACUUUCCUUAUUUUGUUAUUCUCAAACAAGAAGAUCUUCUUUUUACCGAACAUGUGGAUCCAAUCACGGUCUUAUAAUAAGAACAAUAAAUAUUUCUCGAUAAAUAUCUUGCCUCUUUUUUUCCUUCCUUAUCUGAAUCCCUAUAAUGUUUAACAUAUACCAAGACUCUUACAGUUUUCCACUGUCUUCCCCCAACCUUUACACACUUAAUUGUUUGCAAACAGAUCCACAAUCAUGAUGGGACAUAUUUGCUUGUAAGGAGAUGUCUCCUGCAUCCAAAUCCAAGUCUAAAGACAAAAAGGCAGGCAAGGAAGCUCAGAAGUCUCCUGCCAAGCCUUCAGGAUCGGGUAAUGCAGUAUCUGGUAUACCAUCAAGUGCGUACAACCCAUUAUUGGGAACAUUCCAUACUCUGGAGAUGUCACCAACAUCUUCUACAUCACCACUACAUUCUAAUGGCCGUUUUCGGAACAUAGAUGAGACGGAUGAACAUCCUGAGGGUUCAGUGAUAGCUGGCGUGGAGUAUGAUUCUGUUUCUAAUAAUGGUAGUUGGUCUGGUGAGUCAGAGGACCAUAAAGACAAAGCUUCUAGUACUCCUGUUCGACUGGAAGCUGUACCAGGAGCUGAUAAUGACAAAAGAGAGAAAAUCCGCCAGAAGAAUGAGAGAAAACAUCAACGGCAGAAGGAAAGGCGAGCACAAGAGUUGCAUGAACGUUGCAGUGGAUAUCUUAUGUCAAGGAAGCUUGAGGCACUUGCUCAACAGCUUGUGGCAAUGGGGUUUUCUCAUGAUCGUGCAACAGUGGCAUUGAUACUGAAUGAAGGAAGGGUUGAGGAAUCAGUAGCAUGGCUGUUUGAAGGUGGUGAAGACGCAGAUAAUCACAAGAAUAAAAAUAUAGGUGGGGACAAUUUGAAAAUUGACAUAUCAGAAGAACUUGCUCGGAUUGCAGACCUAGAAACCAGGUACGGUUGCUCAAAACAGGAGGUUGAAAGAGCAGUUGUUGCUUGUGAGGGUGAUCUUGAUAAGGCUGCAGAGUCUUUGAGAGAACUAAAGCUGGAUCCACCACUUGGUUCACCAAUGCCAGAGGAAACUGGUGAUCCUUCUCACAUUAACAAGAGUAAGCUGUCAGAAGUUGUGAGUCAGAGUGCAAGGCUACAGACAAAACCCCUUCUCUCUCCAAAUCAACCCAAAAAGGAUGAAAAGGAUUUUAACUACACAAAGGCAGCAGUUUUGAUUGGAGGAUCUACAGAAUCCAGUAUUAGACAUGUGCAGCCUCUUAAGAAAAUCCAACCUAAGCCUGAAUGGACAAAUCCCCAACAACAAACUGCUAUACCAGCUGACAAGAGGUGGUCAAAUGCAGGAUCUAAUCCUUCUGUUUCUUAUUCAUUGGCAUCACCUUUGCAAGUGUCACCCACACCCGCUAAGACUGAAGCUUCUUAUAUGGCUGUUGGAGGUGAUUAUAAGAACCCUCAACCUGGAUCAGCUAGGGAACCAGUAGUUGUAAUGCAGCGGCCUCAAACUGUAAAUGCAAAACAGGUUCCAGCCACAAGCAUGAGUUCCUCUCCUCCUGGAGUAGGUGCCAGUUGGUAUCCACCUAACAGUGUAGAAGUGAUGAGGCCCAAUGGCUUUAUGUCCCACAAUACUAGCACUAGAUGCCUCAAUUCAAACUAUGUCAGUUCUAAUCAAAUGUACCAUCAACUUCAGUAUCAAACUCGACAACAGUUUGUUUCUGGCAGCAGCAAUCCAGUAGAUCUCCAAGCAACUGACCGAGGGAAUGGCAUUUGGAAUAGGACGGCCGCAUCCCCAACGCUGGCCGCUGCCUCUUCUCUAGGACUCUUUUCUGGUAAAGGAUCAGCUGUGACAUCAGGGGCAACUUCUCCGGUAGACUGGAGCACUGGUGGGUCAGUACAAUUCGAUUAUACCAACAUAGACUGGUCCUUGGAUAGAGGUUUAUCUCCACCAAGGUCAAAUGCAUUAUGGAUGGGGCUUUCACCUUUUACAAAAAGUAAUGCUCAUAUAUACGGCUCAAAUGCUUCUGGCUUGGUUGCUCAGACAUCAAUUAGAUCAAUACCCUCUAAUGGGAGCAUGGUUCCGUUGCCUGGGUUGCAAGAUGGUGGAGCAUUUUCUGCUGAAACAUCUGGUUCUAGGGAAUGGAGUUCUCCUUUUGAAGGGAAAGAUCUUUUUAGUUUACCUAGACAGUUUGUUUCUUCUCCCUCUCUGUAGAAUGAGGGGAGAAAUUGAAUGAAUAAAAUAAAAGACCCAAAAAUGUGUGGAUUUGAUGUUUGUUCUUAUGAUGCUAUAGUUGAUGAUUGUAAAACAAGCAUCUAACUCUUCAUACACAACGCGAUACACUAUUAAAACCGUCACUCCCAAUCCACAGUUGCACCAUCAAAUCCGGCAUUCAGUCAUCCUGUUGACCGACAUUCACUGUUCAAAACAAGACACAUGAAGUGAGUUAUGCUCAUUUUACAUUGCGUCUUUUAAUGCACUCAGCUUCA